UCGUUUGUAGCAUGCUACCCUGACGUUAGCACAACAGCUAGCAGAUAAAAAAAAAGCUGUCAGACUACUGUUAAAGUAGAAUAUCUCCGCGUAUCUUGUGUUAGAGUUAUACCCAUGAAUUCACAAUACAAACUUUUAGAGUAAAGCCUCCUGGCGACUCCAAUUCUCACGCCGUCGUUUUCACUUGUAAACUGUUUAGCUCUCCCGUUCUCUACAGUCAGGUUAGCCAUGUAUACAGAGCUCAACAGCAUCCUGAGCACCACUCCCGACAGCUUCACACGGGGGGAAUUUAUCUUGGUGUCAGAUAGACGGAGUGACGCCUCUUUCCUCAUUCACCACUUCCUCUCGUUCUACCUACGAGCCCGCUGCAAAGUGUGUUUCCUGGGCCUGGUCCAGUCCUUCAGUCACUACAGCGCAGUCAGUCAGAGACUGGGUGUAAGUCUGGCACAAGCGAAGGAGAAAGGUCAGCUGAUAUUUCUUGAGGGACUGAAGGAGUCAUUGUCUGUUUUGAUUCCUCAAGAAGCCAACAGAGGAAGUCAUGCCAUGGACUUCCUCAGGGAUCCUACAGUCGGCCUACGGCGUUUGUACGAGUUUGUCCGGUCCAGUGUUAGAAGUUCUGGCGGCGAGGAGGAAGGGACAGAGGAGUGGGGACCCCCGGUGUUGCUGGUGGAUGACCUCAGUGUGCUGCUGAGUCUGGGGGUGAGCGCUGGAGCCGUGUUGGACUUCAGCCACUACUGCCGAGCCACAGUCUGCUCCCAGCUACAGGGCAACAUGGUGAUGCUGGUACGCUGUGUUGGGGAGGAAGAGGAGGACGACGGAGAUGAUGAAGGCUCAGAGCGACUCCUGAAGGGCCUGAGCCACCAGUGUAGCCUCACUCUUCAUGUACAGGGUCUCCCAACUGGCUACUGUAGGGACAUACACGGACAGGUGGAAGUGUGUUGGAGGAGGAGACAAGGUGAUGGGCAGACCACACAGAAGAAACUCUUUCAGUACAAGGUCCAUGAUAAGGGAGCCUCUUUCUUUGCGCGAGGGACAUCCAGUGCUGUUCUCUAGCUGCAACUUUCAACGUCUUCAUGUACCUUUUUGUCUCUUUAACACUUGAAAACUGACUGUUAUGUUUUGAUACUGCAAGAUAAUGCAAAUGUCGUUUUUUUUAGCUGCCAGAGUGGUCGGCGAAAUCGACAAAUUUACCAGCCAUAGCUUCACAUUUGACUGGUUGCUGGUUGCUGGUGUCAAUGACCCAGUCUGGAACCCAGACUGUGUGGAGGAAGAAC